ACCAGAAGAAGGCUGCAGCUAGAGGAGUCCAGGUGAGAUCAGGAGCCGGAAGGGACCGGCGCAUGCAAGGACAGUCUCAGGGCGAGGGUGCAAAUCUUCCCCAGCUACAGCUUUUGUAAAGGAUACCAGGGCGCUCCUAUAAGGGGGCGCGGGAACUGGGGAAGGAACGUGCUCCCAGGCCGGGGAGGGAGUGGAAGGCUGUGCAGGGUCACGGGCUUUUUCCUGCUGACCGGUGCUUUCUAAGAGUGGGUGAGGGAGGAGAACCGUGAGGAAGGACAUCGAGGACAGCCUUUGGUUCUGCCUCCCACCCAGAGGUCCCCCCAAGCUCAGAUCGCCUUAGUGGUGCGAAUAGAGGGAGGAGGUGGGUGACAAGCUGGAGGGAGUCUCCGCCGGGUGACCUCGUGGCUGGCUGGGUGCGGGGCACCGCAGAAUCCAGGCCGGAACUCUUGGGACCAUGAACCCAGCCAUCAGCAUCACUCUCCUGCUUUCAGUCUUGCAGAUGUCCCGAGGGCAGAAGGUGACCAGCCUGACAGCCUGCCUGGUGAACCAGAGCCUUCGCCUGGACUGCCGUCAUGAGAACAACACCCACGUGCCCAUCCAGCACGAGUUCAGCCUGACCCGAGAGAAGAAGAAGCACGUGCUCGCAGGCACCCUCGGGGUACCCGAACAUAUGUACCGCUCCCGGGUCACUGUAGCCAACGAUCGCUAUAUCAAGGUCCUUACCCUAGCCAACUUCACCACCAAGGAUGAGGGCGACUACUCUUGUGAGCUUCGAGUCUCAGGCCCGAAUACCAUGAGCUUCAAUAAAACUGUCCAUGUGUAUAGAGACAAACUGCUGAAGUGUGGUGGCAUAAGCCUGCUGGUUCAGAACACUUCAUGGAUGCUGUUCCUCCUGCUUUCCCUCUCCCUCCUCCAAGCCACGGAUUUCAUUUCUCUGUGACUGGUUGGGCCCAAGGAGAAACAGGAAACCUUGAGGUCCACUGCAGAGGUCUUGCUUCUCCGGGUCAGCUGACUCCUUCCCCAAAUCCUUCAAAUAUCUCAAAACAUGGGGAGAAACGGGGACCCUGUCCCUCCUGAGGAACCCCAGUGCUGCAUGCCAUCACCUCCCCACCCUCGCCCCACCCCUGCCACUUCACCCUCGAGGCACACCAUUAGCUGUCAUUUUGUACUCUGUAUCCCAGGGCUGCUUCUGAUUAUUUAGUCUGUACUUCCCUGGAGAGCUGAUAGAAAGAACGUAAGGGUGUAUGAUGGGGAGGCAGGGAUAUCCAUCCCUGGGGCGAGUUCCUCCUCGCUGACCAAGCCAGAUGCCUGAAAGAGAGAUGAAUGAGGGAAGUUAGACUGUGUCUGUGCCUGGUACAGUCACACUAUGUUGAAAGAAUCACCCAAUAGGCAGGGAGGGAGACCUCAAGACAGGAGAGCACUGCUGAGGCCUUUGCGGACCGUCCAAUGAGAAUGAGAACUUAGAUUCUACCAGGUCAUUCUCAGCCACCACUUACAUGUCCGAAGAAGCAAGCCCCUCUAGGGUUCUUGGGCCAGGGCACACUCAGUAAAGAUGCAGGUUCAGCCAGGGAAUGUUGGGGAAAGGGGUAGGAGGUGGGGGAGGGAUCACCCCUCCUCUAAAAUAUGAGCCUGCUGUCUCUAAAGGCUACUGCCUAUAGUGAAGGUGUCAGAAGAAGACGAGUCCCCCUCCUCUGCUUCAAGGAGCCAGAACCCUGACUCCAGGAUCUAAGCCAGUGCAGGAAGGAAAUCCUAGAGCCAUCCAGUUGAACCCAACUUGCUAAGGGAGAUUCUUUGUUCUUCUUUCCCUUGCCCCUCUGUGCCAGCCCCUCUUAACUGUCCUUGAUCCCCCAGAAGGCCAGAGUCUUGCAACCUGCCUCUUACAAGACCUCAUAAUCUUGGGGGCAGGUGGUGGAGUGAGAUCCAGUGUGCACACUUUUUGGAAGAUAGCUUUUCCAAGCAUCCUCUUCCCCACUGGCAGCUCUGCCUGUCCCGUCACCAUGUUUAAUACCGCCACAGCUUACAGCAUCUCACCGAGGAAAAGAAAAACUGCACAAUAAAACCAAGACUCUGGAGUCUG